UCUCCACCGGAAGCUGUAGUCCUGACUGCGGCUAACUUCCCCCUGUGACCAAGAUGGCGUCUCUCAGAAAGCAGUGUUAGCAGAGGGUCUUUGUUGUGUUAGAAAGAGGUAAAAUGUGUAAAGUCCAGAUGCUGAGAGCGUUGGUGGAGCAGCGACUAACUGCGGCUGCUGAAGAGAUAUUUGGGCUGUUUGAAAGAACGAUAGCAGAGUACGAGGAGGAACUUUGUCGUUCAAAAGAGGAGAACGAGCGACAACGGGAACUACUGGACGCUGUUUUCAACCCUCAGCUCCGGGUCCACAGAGCAGGUUAUUGUCUGUACUUGUUUGUGUUUCCUGCAGAUUUCUUUCCCCCUGAGCAUUAUGUGUGUAGCUCCAGUGUGGACCAGCAGGAGCCAGAGGCCCCCCCACACAUUAAAGAGGAGCAGGAGCAACUGUGGAGCAGUCAGGAGGGAGAGCAGCUUCAAGGGCUGGAGGAGGCUGAUAUCACCAAGUUCCCAUUCACUCCUGUCCCUGUGAAGAGUGAAGACGAUGAAGAGGAAGCUCAGUCAGAAACUGAUGGAGAGGACAGUGGAGGUUCAGAACCAGCCAGGAAUUCACAUCCACUUUUACAACCAGAGACUAAAGAACAGAUUGGAGACUCUUCUGAUGCUGAUACUGAUGACAGUGCUGAUUGGAAGGAGACCAGAGAACCUCAGUCAGCUUUAAACUCUCUGAAACAUGAUUCAAGAUGUAAGAAAACAUUCAGCUGCUUAGAGUGUGGGAGGAGAUUUGGCCGAACGGGACAUCUGAAGAGACACAUGAGAACUCACACUGGAGAAAAACCUUUCACCUGCUCAGUCUGUAUGAAAUCUUUUACACAGAGAGGAAGUUUACGGUCACACAUGGUAGUCCACACCGGAGAGAAAAGAUUCAGCUGCAGUGUUUGUGACAACAGAUUUACCCGGAGUUAUCAUGUCAUAACACAUAAAUGUGUUGGUCAUAUGGAAACAGAAGUUGAUAGAGAGGACCGUGGAGGACCAGAACCAGCCAGGAAUUUAAUAUUUAUUUAGUCUCAGUUACUCUAUAUUGUUCACUUCCUAUUUUGAAACCUGUAAAUAGUAUCACCAACAUCUGUCUGACACCCAACCGUGCUGUAGUCUCCGGAGAGUUAAUCCCUGUCACUCCACUCAGCAGCCGGGAAACAAGACAAGACUGGUGUGCUGGUCUGGAG